GAAUUCAUGAUCCGAGUUGGAUUAACCCAUUCGAAACAUCAUAAGUAAAAUUUGGGGAGUCAGCAGUCUAGAUUUUAUAGAAGUCUAUGGUUACAGAUUACAGAUCAUCUCGCAUAACGAUACGUGACAGUUACGCAGUACCAUUCUCGUUUAGAAGGUUAACUUACGUGACAAGCACUUUUAGUGUCUGUUGAUUACAUCGGUUAAUACAAAAACGAAUUGCAGAAAUGGAGUGUUUAAUUGGUAUUCAAUGCAAAGAUUUUGUGCUGGUUGCAGCGGAUAUGACAACCGCACAAUCCAUUAUAGUUAUGAAAAGCGAUGAACAUAAGAUUCACAAGAUCUCUGACAAGCUUGUUAUGGCAAUAUCUGGAGAAUCGGGUGACACAACACAAUUUUCAGAAUAUAUUGGAAAAAAUAUUCAAUUAUAUAAGAUGCGAAAUGGCUAUGAACUAUCCCCCAAGGCUGCGGCUUGCUUUACAAGGAGAAAUCUGGCCGAUUAUCUUAGAAGUAGAACCCCAUAUUUUGUCAAUAUGUUAUUAGCUGGAUACGACGAUGACACAGGACCAGAAUUAUAUUUCAUCGAUUAUUUAGCAUCUUGCGUAAAAGUUCCUUAUGCAACUCAUGGAUACGGUGGCAUGUUUUCCAUGUCUGUCUUAGACAGAUAUUAUAAAUAUGAUUGUACCGAAGAAGAGGCAUAUAUUUUACUGAAGAAAUGCGUUCGAGAAAUUCAGAAACGAUUGAUUGUUAAUUUACCAAAUUUUAAAGUUCAAAAAAUAUUCAAGGAUGGAAUUAAAGAUAUGCAGCCAAUUACAGCUGAAAAUUUGGCCGUGGAAAAUGUUGCCAAAACAUGAAAAAGAAAUGUCUUUUUUUUAUAUUUCUUCAAUUUGUAGAAGCUUUUUCAAUAUAAGAAUAAAACAUCUAUAAACAUUA